AUGCUGUUCAUCAUUCUUCUCGCCAUCCUCCAACUCGGCCUCGCCCUCAACCCUGCCUCCUUCCGCAAACUCGUCAAGGACUGCGACCCGAAAAUCGAGGAGAUCCCCUGGCAAAUCACCAACUUCGUUUUGUUCGAGAAGAAGGCUGCUUCCAACCAGUCGAGCUACCUCGCCUUCCACUUCAUCGAUGUCAAUGAGAGACUCGAGGUGAACACGACAUGCGUUCGGACGGUGCCGCUCAACUCGACGUCUACUCUGGACAGUUCCGGCUGGACUCUUUGCAAGAACAAUAAUGUGGCUUUCGAGUGGGAUGGUACGACGCUGCAGUUGUCGCGGGACUAUAAGGAUAAGUGUCUCGGCAAGCCUCCGUACGACACCGCAACUGCGUGGGGUCGCAUCAAGCCCAACGCAACCUCCACGACUGCUGUCGAUGGCGUGUACGGCAUGAAGACGGAGAUGCAUAUGCCAAUCACGAGUUUGUCUUAG